UAUUUCAACCCCACUUACUUUUCAAUAUUCUUUCCAGGCCAUGCGAGCCCCGGCAGCGGCAGAGCUCCCUCCCGCUCGGGAAACUCCGCCACGGCUAUUUUUAUAUUCACAAACACCGCCAACACACGCAAAUAUAAUUAUAUAACCAUUUUUUCCCAUCUCUCCUCCCACGAAUUAACUUAAACCCCUUCCUGCAACAACCUAAAAGCUUUCCAGAAAUGUUCCGCGGUCUCUCCAGCUUCAACCAUGUCGACGAGGAUCUCUCCAAUUCCGCGCCUUCAACACCCAAAAGCUCCAAGAAAACGAAACAGUCCAACAACAACAGCAAGAACCCGUACUCAUCCAGAGGCCUGGACAAGUUCACUUCCGUUCUCUCUGAUCUCGAAGCUAGAAAAGAGAAGAUCAUGGCUAAGAAAGGAUUAAGCGGGGACGACGGCACCAUGGUCCGCUUCAUGUAUUCCAACUCCCAAGACUGGAUCCCAAUUGUCGUCCGAUUGCGAGAGGAGAACAGGCCCAACAACAACGGCAGCAAUCCAGCCAGCCCGAAGAAGGCCGCGCCCGCACAGCCUAACGUCAAGGAGUUGUCGUCACCAUCCUCGUUGCCCAUGCCGCCGUCGCCGAAGCCGAAGGAGGAGGCUCAGAAGGAGAAGAAGGUUAAGAAGCGCGUGACAUGGAUUCAGGGAGAAGGUGGGAGAAAGACGGAGGUGCGGUGGAAGUUGAGGCCUUCGUAUUAUAUGCUGGCGGUGAUGCUAUUGAUAUUAGUGUGUUUGUUGGUGUUUGGGAGAGUUUUUGCGAUUUGUUGUACUGCUGUGUGGUGGUAUUUGGUGCCGAAUUUUAAUGGCACGGAUGAGAGUGGGAUUACGAGAAAAAGGGCUGGGGGUAAGAAUUAUGUGAGGAAGAUUAGCGAUAAGAGAGUUUCUGCCGUCGCCGGCGGCGGAGACGGCGGUGUGCAGGGAUUGGCGUCUCCUAGAGCUAAUGCUGGUCAUAGCAAGAGAGGUUAAAGAAUGAAUUAUGACCU